GGUAUAGAUUGGGGUAUACGAGAAACUUAAUUACAAACAAAAUUUUAGUCAUUUUCAGAGUCACAUUUCAAUUCUUAUGUAAUGCAUAUAUAGAUAUCACAAUUCACCAUAUUAUAGUUUUCAAACUGUCAAAUAUAGUGCAAGUGCUACAUCACUAAAGAGAACAGUCUACCAAACAGUAGUUGAGCUCAGUGCAAAAGAGAAAAGAAUCAACAUAACUAAAGCUAUCACUUUCUUCUCUAGCGAACUACAAUUUCAUAUGCACACGUAAACAUCAUUGUAACUUCACAACAAAGUCAGAAGAACACAUAACACGACCACCACCAAAUUAUAUUCUAAUAAAGCUUACAUACAAAACAAAAACGAAUUAAUUACACUAAAACAUUUGGUGGGUUGUCAUUUUCAUAGUACAUAUACGUCACACACAUAUAUUCUUGUAUAUAAAUAUAAGUAUAGUAAAAGGAAAGGCUUCGCAGAAAAUGAGAGAUAGAAUGGAGAGACUUGUGGUGCUUCCUUUCUCCGUCGGAUGUAUCUCCGACUCAAGUGUUGCCGUUUUAUCUCCUCUCUCUAAGCCUCAUCAUCAUCAUCACUCUCCUCAAGGGAUUCGUGACCAAGAAGAGGAAGAAAACAUGAAGAAUGUAUUCAAGUUCCUUGCUGUUUCUAAACCGGAUAUUUCUACCGGUAUUAACCGGCUUUUCAAGAGCUUCAAAACCAUUUCUCAACACUUUGCUUACAAAGAAGAAGAAGAAGAGAGUGAAGAUGGAGGAAUGGAGAUUGGCGUUCCUACAAACGUAAAACAUGUAUCGCAUAUCGGUUGGGAAAGCGGUUUAACCGCGGUUGCAGGUCCAGGUAAAGGAUGGGAAGAUUUCAUACCGCCGGAGCUGCUUGCAGCCGCCGCCGCCGCUACAAAACAAGACGUCGUUAAUCCUCUUCUUCAUCACACUUUAUAAUUUAUCAUAUGUUCUGUACAAGGAUCUAGACAUAUUUUGAUACAUAUGAUGAAUAUCUGAUCUAUGAUGAUGAUACAUUAUAUGAUACGCCGUAUAUAUAUAUCUUGUUAUUACUGAAGUAUAUAUAGUGGUUAUAUAUUUUGUGGA